AUGAAGGAGGACGAUCAGGCUAGGGUAGUAAUGGUCUAUGUUUUAUCAUUUUCAUUAAAUUCAAUCAACACGCCUAUCUCAUCUAUAGAUGGAUGGUUUCAGCUGAUGCCCCUGCCCUCCUUGCAAAAGGAUGCGAAUUUGUCUGUAAAACAACCAGAUCCAUAUCCGCUCGAACAAAGUGCACUUCAAAAUACAAGAUUGGACGCAAAAAGAAGCACAUACGUUGACAAAGAAUAUACACAAUCAGAUCCUAUGAUUAAUAAUUCAAUCGUAAGCUAUCAUGAUCCCAACCAAAGAAUCCAUCUAGAAAGGUUUCCCUGUUUAGACAAACAAUUUUAA